UUUGGAACCCCCCACGGCCCUAUUUCCCAUAGAUUUCUACACUAUCUACAUAGUGUAGGUAGGUAUGUACGUACGUAUGGCAUCACACCUGUGUGAUUUCCCUGGAUGCCUUAAAUCCUUUCCUAAACUGUGGAGGUUAAGAGAACAUCAAUGUUCAGCACACACAGGAGAGCGUCCAUUUCUAUGUAAGGAACCAGGCUGUGGAAAAUCGUUCAUUCGGGCAUACCAUUUAAAGAGACACAAUGUCUCCCAUCUUACUACGAAGCCUGAGUUCAGGUGUACUUCAGACGGUUGUAACAGAGUGUAUUCUUUGCUACAAAACCUUCGAAAACAUGAGAAAACUCACAAAAAUCCCUUGCCUUACAAGUGUGAUGUUGACAGUUGUGAAAGAGCUUUCAAGAAGCACUCACAGCUGCACAUACACAAAUCACGGCAUUCUGGAGAUAUAAAACCAUUCAGGUGUUCUGAAGACGGAUGCACUGCUAGUUUUGUUUGGCCUAGUGAACUUCGGAAGCACAAGAAAUCUCACAAAGAAUACACUUGCCCUGCAAAGAAUUGUGAUGUGGUAUGUCGUAGAUGGACUGACAUGAGAGAGCAUGCUUCUUCCCAUAGGGUAGUUCAUGAUUGCAAGCUAUGUGGGAAAACCUUUAAAAAGAGAAACCUACUCAAGAUUCAUUCAAGAUCGCACUCUGAUAAUCGCUGCUUGCUUGUGUGUGAUUGGGAGAGGUGUGGUAGGACCUACACUACAGUUUUUAAUCUUAAUCAACAUGUUCGAGCAUUUCAUUUUCAAGAGAAACCAUUUAAGUGCUCAUUGUCUGCUUGUUCAGCCGUGUUUAGCACCAAGCAAUCACUUAAAAGGCAUAUCAGAACACAUACCAAUGCUGUGAAACCAGCAAUACCCAAGCGAAAAUCUAUGAAACGACCUCUUUCGUCACAACUAUCUGGCUAUGAAAAUUCAUCAAGAAAGGAGGUGCAGAACUGAAUCUCGUCCAUGUUUCCAAACUCGCAAGAUUUAAUACUUGUUAUGAUUAUUGAAAAACUCCUGCUUUAGUGCUCUAGUAUUGCAACACUUAUCCAUCAUAAUUUGGAGUG